UAAAAUUUUAAAUUUAGCAAAGACUGCAGUUUUAGUGCGGGGUAUAGAAAAAUAAAUCGAUUGCUGUAAAAACGUUGUCGAAGGACGUCAUCAUCAUCAUCAUAAAUCAUCAUUUUCUUUAAAUUUAUGAGUCUGGUUUAGCAAAUUUAUGCAAAUUUUGUGUGAUCAUCAAACAAAAUUAAUCGUUUGAAGACAUAUUAAAACGUUUUUAAUGCUUUUAACGAUCGUGAUUUUACACAGACGUUGCAUUCAAGUACAAUUAUUUGCAACGUGGUUAUGUGAAUAACAAAGUUAAAUCUAGUCAAAAUGUGGAAAACAUUGGUCCCUAUUUUACUUCAAUUUACACAACCAUCUUGGGUUCUAGGCGAUGGCACAUAUGAAUGUGGCGAUCACGGCAGAUUUGAAUAUUGUAUAGAUGAAAUCCCGGGUUGUGUAAUCGGUUGCCACUGCCACCCAGGAUACUAUUUUGACACUGAUACGAAAAUAUGCGAACUAAACUCAAAAUUAAUCGAACUUCAUAGACGGCAUUCUGUGAUAAAGCCGACUCAAACACAAGUCAAUCAUGUGACAUCUAGUUUACUAUUUAAUCCUGAGACUGCUACCAGUACUGACAAAAUUGAUGGAAACGUUGAUGAAAUAGCCAAAGACGCGAAUGAUUUAGGAGAUUGGCUUUAUAAUCAAUUCUUUAAAACAAUAGAGAACCAAGUUAUCAAUAAUACAAAUGACAAAGAUGUUUUAAACAGACGGAGUGGAUCACAGCAACCUGUCAAAAAACCUAAAAGUAGUAAAAAAUGGCGGAAACGUGGAAAAUCAUCCAAACAAAAGGGGAAAAGGGAACAGUUGAGAAGAAAAUUACUUAGAAUUACAGAAAAUGACAGUUUGUUUGAUCUAUCUUCAAAAUCUAGCUCGGAUUCAAGUGAUUCUAGUUCCAGUUCUGAUCUAUCGUCUAUGGAGUAUGAAAUAGAUGAAGAUAACCAUCGAAAACAUGACGAUGAUGAACAUGGACACAAAAAAAUUGUCAUGAUAAAUAAAAAGCCGAAGCAACCAUUACCAAGCUUUAUAUUCCUGCCAAAUCUAGAUACGCCAUUUUACCCCCCAAUUGGUUUGCACCCACCACCGAUUGUGCCUAUGUAUCCGAUGGUACCAGUUCCUCCUGUACCAUUAUGUCCAAUAUCAGGGUGUGAUGAAAAUGUCAACAAACAACACUCAGCAACUACCUCUUCUGCUUCAACCACUACUGCUCGUGCUACUAAUACUACAAUUACGAUCGUUUCUACAAGCGUACAAUCAAGCUUACCUGAAACAACUUCAGCUAUUGCACUAACAACUGGCGAUGAUAAAACUACUGAGUUACCUAAUGCAGAUACAAAAGCACUGCGUCUUAAAAAUAAAAAUAAGAAGAAAAAGGCAGCAAGAUUAUCAAACAUGAUGGAGCGAGAUGGAAGAGACACAGGAGAAGGGAUCGGUCGACAAAAAAUUUUUCAACGUCUCAAAGAAAAAAUGAAUAACCCUUCGGCCGAUUUGAUAAUACCUUCUUGGCAAAAGAACAAGCAAUUAUUUGCCAACAAAUUAACGAAUCAAAACGCAGACACUAAAACUGCAUUUUUAGAUAAUGGGAUAGUCAAUGAUGAAUACCUAAAUAAUGAAAUAAACCCACAUCCCUUGGAAGAUGAUAUGUUUCCAGAUAACGUAGACUUUAAGUAUAUCACCGAGCUUAUCCAUCGCGUUGAUCUGAAUAAUAAAUCAAAUGUUUUACCUCCUAUUGAGUAUAACCCUCUCGAUAACAUGGAAUUGAAUCGAAUGCCAAAAAUACAUAGAAACAAAGUUUCUGACUAUAACAUACCUUUCGAUACACCCGAAAACCGAAGGAGUAACCGUCCUAUGUAUCACAAACCAGAUGAAUCGUACUAUGCUAAUUUGGGCAGGCAAAUAGCCACCAUGAUACGAGGCAUAGAUACACACCCAAAGAACGUUGAACUGGCCGAAAAGCCUGGUGUAGUGAAAAAUGAUCCGUAUUUGAACAAUUCACCGACAUCAUUUUGGGAACGUUCUGUGCGAUCUCCACUAUCGUACUUUAAAACCAAAAAUAAAAAAUAUGAAUACUUAAAAGGAAGCAACGAAUUACUUUUUGAUAUCGAAAAUAAAGUUGAAAUUAUAGCUUCUACUGCGUCAGCCUUAACAUUACGAGAAAUAGAAAAUAUUGUUAAAAUUAUGGAAGCAGCCAAAAAACAGAUUCAACGUACAAAUAAACCUAAAAAGGGAGAUUCAAGAACUUCUAAUAAAAAUCUUAACAUCGAUUUGUGGCCGCAGAAAUCACAGAAUCAUAAAGAUUCGGUAUUAUCAUAUUUAAAUAAAGUCAAGCAAGAAAAUAUUGAAAACCACUACAAAACUAAUAAUAAUAUGAGCACUAAACCGAAUAGCAAUUUUCCAGGUGUGCACUUGGAAAGUAUUCAAAAGUUUGUAGCCUGGAAUAAUGGAAAUUUAAAACAAACUAAUCAAAUUCAUAGCAUGCCAACCACAGCCAAACCAUCAAUUAAUAAAAGUUACUCAAAAAUAACCCCAACUACAUAUAAUUUUGGAAAAUCAAACACGAUUCAUCAGAUUCCAGCAAGAAGUAGUCCAUUUUUACAAAACCAACAAUAUCCAUAUUUUUUGCGUGAUAGGAAAUAUUUUCCAGAUAAUUACAAUUCUAACAUCAAUUAUAACGAAGUACUUCCACGUUUAGAACCAGUUGUCAGAAUUGUACCAAUUCAACCAUCCUAUUUUUAAGAAAUGAAUCAAUUUAAUUAUUAGUGUAGUAAUAAUUGAGAACUAGAAAAUUGUGAACUUUUUCGAUGCAAAGGACAAGAAAACAAGACAUCUCUUUCAGUGACCCUUUUCAUUUAUUGACACUUAGAUUUAGCACACAAUUCUAAUAACAUAAAUCCAAUAACGUUUUUCCAUGUAUU